UCGAUGUCUCUCCUCAGGCGUCCGCCGGCCCGCAGCUACUCCCAAGCGGCGGCGGGCACAGACUGAAUCUGCCGCCGCGAGACCCAACGGCCGCUUCCGCUUCCCGCGCGUCCCUCCACGGUGACGUCACUUCCACCAACAACAGCAAACGUCAAACCUGCCAGGCAGGAGACGGGGUGGCGGCGGUCUUCUUGCGUGCUGGAGGGGCUUCUCUGGCUCCCACCGCCUCUCUUCGCCGCUGGGGGCUGCUCAGCCCCUUCCCGCCCGGCGAGGCUCACGCACCGACUCGGGCCAGGCUCGUCGCGGCGGCGGUUGGGACCCGAGCUCGCACAGCAGGCUCGCAGAUGGGUCAGGGACUCUGGAGAGUUGCUAGGAACCAGCAACUGCAACACCAAGGAUACAGUGGACAAGGCUAUCUUACCAGAGAACAUGGUAGGAGGAUAGCUACUAACAAUGUUUCCAAUACAAGCCAUCGCAAACAAGCCCAAGGAGGCAUUGACAUCUACCACCUGUUGAAGACAAGAAAAUCUAAAGAGCAAGAAGGAUUCAUUAACCUGGAAAUGCUGCCACCAGAGCUUAGUUUUACCAUUUUGUCAUACCUGAAUGCAACUGAUCUCUGUCUAGCUUCAUGUGUCUGGCAAGAUCUUGCUAAUGAUGAGCUUCUCUGGCAAGGGUUGUGCAAAUCCACUUGGGGUCACUGUUCUAUAUACAAUAAGAAUCCGCCUCUAGGAUUUUCUUUUAGAAAAUUGUAUAUGCAGCUAGAUGAGGGCAGUCUCACCUUUAAUGCCAACCCCGAUGAGGGAGUCAACUACUUUAUGUCCAAGGGCAUACUAGACGAUUCACCAAAAGAAAUAGCUAAGUUCAUCUUUUGCACAAGGACACUAAAUUGGAAGAAGCUGAGAAUCUACCUUGAUGAAAGGCGAGAUGUUUUGGAUGACCUUGUGACGCUGCACAACUUCAGAAAUCAAUUCUUGCCAAAUGCACUGAGAGAGUUCUUCAGACACAUUCAUGCUCCUGAGGAGCGUGGGGAGUACCUUGAGACUCUCAUAACAAAGUUCUCUCACAGAUUCUGUGCUUGUAACCCUGAUUUGAUGAGAGAGCUUGGCCUUAGCCCUGAUGCAGUAUAUGUACUGUGUUACUCUUUGAUUCUACUUUCCAUUGAUCUAACAAGCCCUCAUGUGAAGAACAAAAUGUCAAAGAGGGAAUUCAUCCGAAAUACACGACGAGCUGCACAGAAUAUUAGUGAAGAUUUUGUAGGGCACCUUUAUGACAACAUCUACCUUAUUGGCCAUGUGGCUGCCUAAAAGCACAAUUUGCUAGCACUUAAAAUUUGUAAUUUUCAAAAACUACAUCAAGAAAUUAAUUAUUUUGUAGAGAUGGGGGUUAUUUUAGUGCUGGUCAUUCUAACCUCUGUAUGCAAUCAAAGUUUGUGUGUGUAAGUGUGUGUAUGUGUAAACUACCUUUUCUAUCUAUUUACCGUGGGAACGGAAGGAUUUGGAGAUUUGUUCUUCAUAAUUUUUUAGUUUUGCACAAAACUGCCAUUAGUCUGACACAGCCAUUUACGAAUGUUAAACUGACAUUACAGUCUAAGCUGACAAAGUGGUGAAUUUGUGCAUUAGAUCUGCUUGAAACUUUAAUAAGUUCAUUCUUUUUAGAAUACCAUGUAAUGUGUAUAUAUUUAACUAAAGAGAUUUAUAAUCAUAAUUAUUUUAUUGUAAAAUAUUUUAACUAAAAUUUCUCCUUUUCUCUCUUAAAAUAGUGUUGUACUUAUUUCUUUUGCAUUUUUUUUUAUAAUGGUGACUACCUCAGAUAAGUUAGAAAAAUAUUGGUCUGAAUACUACAAUAAAGUUUAUUCUAGGAGAUGACAGAACACUUGUGAAAUAUCUAAGCUGAUAUUUAAUACCGUAUUGACUAACUUGAAUUAGCAUAUUGCCAAUCUGAUAUUCACUCAAUUUUAAAGAAUAUUACAACCUUUAUUUUAGAUGAACCCUGAUGUCAUACAGGGAUAGCCUAGGGAAACGGUGCAGUUUACAUCGAGAGCGCUAACCUGUAUUGCAGACACUAGUUACUGGGGACAUAGGGCAACUGCAAUCAUCUCCUCUGCGUGGUACGCAAGGAAAAAUCUCAACAGGGAAAGUGGUAGGGGUGGCUAACUGUUGCUGCUUCCCUCAGUCUAUAAGUGUCAAUGACGGCAAUGCCCAGGCAAAUAUAUACCAGAUGACUCGUUGCUAAAGCUGUUAAAAACUGACUCUGCAAGAUUAGAGCAGUGACUGUGCAGGACUGGGGAGCCGUUUCAGGCUCAGAUACUGAAUUACUCUUUGUA